AUGGCAUCUUUCCUGCAGUCUCUGCCGGUCUGCUCGGCCGUUCGCAAGCAGUCGACAGCUCCCCUCUUCCUCAAUGCUUCACAGUUCGUCACUUCAUCGAGGACAUGUCUCUCUUUCUCCACAUUAUCUUCACAGUCUAGAUCAAUCUCUUCUCUUCACUCAUUGAGAUCCGCUCAACACUCCAAAUCAAAGCCUUCCGCCCAUCAGUCUCGCACGUUCCUGGUUCAGCUCAAACGGCAAUCCCAGACUCUGAAAGAAACCCCUUCCGCAACAACAGGAGCCGUUCCUCCUCCUGGUGCAAAUCUGCAACUCACAAACCUCCCAUAUUUCAUUCGUCGCACAGCAUCAAACCAGCUCCCCGUAUACCUCGUCACAAAAGCCGGUGGUACCAAGCAGCAGACCAAGAUUCAGAAGACGGAAGGUGAUCUCGAAGCGUUGAGGAGCGACCUUGCACGGUAUCUCGGUCUGGAAAGCGGCGACCCGCGUGCGCCGAAAAGCCCGGACGUCACUAUCAACCGCCUCAAUGGCCAUAUUAUUGUCAAGGGUUGGCGGAAGCCUGAAAUUCAAAAGUUCCUUCUGGAGCGUAACUUUUAA